AUGGAGGUUUUCAUGGAUGACUUUUUGGUUUACGGUUCAUCUUUCGAUGCAUGUUUGGAAAAUUUAUCUCGAGUUUUGAGUCAUUGCAUUGAGAUAGAUUUGGUUUUAAAUUUUGAUAAAUGCCACUUCAUGGUUGAGCAUGGAAUUGUUCUAGGUCAUAUAGUCUCUAGGAAAGAUAUUGAGGUAGAUCCUGCUAAAAUUAGUGUUAUAUCUUCUUUAUCUUACCCCGCAUGCGUGCGGGAGGUUCGAGCUUUCCUUGGUCAUGCAGGUUUCUAUAGGAGAUUUAUACGAGACUUCAGCAAAAUUGCUCUUCCAUUGACUCAGUUACUGCAGAAGGAUGUGACUUUCCAUUUUGAUCAGAAGUGCAGAGAGGCUUAUGAGAAGCUGAAAGAAGCUCUUGUUACAGCACCCAUCAUUAGCCCACCAGAUUGGAGCCUUCCUUUUGAGUUGAUGUCUUUGAAGUACCUCCUCAAGAAUCCAGAUGCAAAACCUAGGUUGAUCAGAUGGAUGCUUCUUCUCCAAGAAUUCGACGUGGAGAUACGUGAUAGGAGUGGAAGGGAUAACCUAGUGGCAGAUCACCUGAGCAGGAUCGAGGGAGAAUUUGACCACACAGAUAUUGCUGAUGAAUUUCCAGAUGAGCACUUCCUACAGCUGCAUAGUGAGCCACCAUGGUGUCAGCGAACUGGAAACAUAGGCCCUAGGAAUGAAAUGCCCCAACAAACUAUGUUGUUUUGUGAAAUUUUUGAUGUUUGUGGAAUUGAUUUUAUGGUUGAUUAUGUUUCUAAAUGGGUGGAGCCCAUUCCCACCAGGACUGAUGAUUCUUCAGUGGUUGGGGUUGUGCACAAGAUUUCUACUCUCUACCACACUCAGACAAAUGGGCAAGAUGAAGUGUCUAAUAGGGAAGUUAAAUCAAUUCUUGAAAAGACUCUGGGAUCUGACAGGAAGGAUUGGAGCAAAAGGCUUGAUGAUGCAUUAUGGGCUUAUAGAACUGCUUUCAAGACCCCUAUAGGAAUGUCUCCAUUCAGAAUUGUGUAUGGAAAAGCUUGCCAUCUUCCAGUUGAGAUUGAGCAUAGGGCAUAUUGGGCAGUAAAAGCAUGCAACUUCGAUACUAGCACUACUGGAGAGGAAAGGAAAUUGCAACUUCAAGAACUUGAGGAGAUUAGAUUGGAAGCCUAUGAGAAUUCACAGAUUUACAAGGAAAAGAUUAAGAACUUUCAUGACAAGCACAUUGUGGUAAAAGAAUUCAAAAUUGGUGAUAAAGUGCUUUUGUAUAAGUCACGUCUGAAAUUAAUUAAGGAGAUACAGGAAGUUGCUACUGGUCAAACGUUCAAAGUGAAUGGUCACCGACUCAAGAAAUUUCAUGAGGGAGUUAACGUGCUAGAGGUGGACAGAUUGGACCAUAUGGAUGCCAUUUACCCAACUUGA